CUCUUCAACUUGUGCAACACAAAAAUGUCUCCUUUUCUCUUGUUCUGUUUGGUGUUUGGUAGCCAAUUGAUGGCUGGAUUCAGUUCCUCAACACCACCUCCAUCUUAUGGAGAUCAUGUAUCUGUUCUCAGCAUAGAUGGUGGUGGUAUCAGGGGCAUUAUUCCUGCAAAGAUUCUUGAUUACUUAGACAAAUCUCUUAAGGCAAGGGAUCCAACAACAUCAUUGGCAGAUUACUUUGAUGUGAUAUCAGGAACAAGUACUGGUGGACUCAUGACUGCUAUGUUAGCAGCACCAAAAUCAUCUCAUUCCAAAAGCCCUCUCUUUACUCCAUCAGAAGUAGUUCAGUUCUACAAGAAAUAUGGCCCUGAUAUCUUUAAACCUAGAGCUAUCUGGGAUCUUACCAAAUGUCCCAAGUAUGAUGGAGUGUUCUUACGAAACAUAACUCGUCAGAUUUUGAAAGACACACGACUCAAUGAAACGUUGACGAAUCUGGUAAUACCAUCGUUUGAUGAAAGGAGAGUCAGCCCAGUUAUAUUCUCGAACUUCAAGCUGAAGACAGAAACUUACUUGAAUGCGAAACUCUCAGAUAUAUGCCUAGCCACUUCAGCUGCACCUACUUAUCUGCCACCCCACCAAUUUGAGAAUGCUGGUGUUGAGUUUGAUAUGGUUGAUGGAGCCAUGGCUGCUAAUAAUCCAGCUAUGGUUGCUGUGAGUGAAGUGAUUCAACACACUGAGAACAAAAAUGUCCUGUUGCUGUCAUUAGGAACUGGAACAACAAAAAGUAACAAGUUAGGUGGCAUUUUUGAUGGUGUGUGUCAACUUGGAUGGCUAAUCAACAGCGUUGAUGUUUUUAGUGAGGCUUUGUAUGGCACAGACAUGGUCCAUUACUACCUUGCCACAGUGUUCCCUGGACUCUUGUCUCAGGAAAACUAUCUUCGAAUUGAGGAGUAUAACCUUGAUCCAUCAUUGGAAGGAAUGGACAAUGCUACACCCAAAAACAUGGAUAACCUUGAAAAGGUAGGAAAGAACCUGUUGUACCAGAAUGUUCUCAGGGUCAAUGUUAACAGUUUUGUCCCAAUUCCACUGGACCAAACAAACGCUCAAGCUCUUGACAGGUUCGCUGAGAAACUGCAUGCUGAGAGGCUGUUGCGUCUGAAAAGGAAAUCUAUGGAAAAAGAAGGAAGACCAUUUAUUGGAAAUGUUGAAGCCAAUUCCAACCGAAUCUCAGCAACUUAAGAAUUAUUAA